AUGAAGUUAGACAAAUUGCAUCGAAGCAUCACAAAAGCAAAAAAGCUUUCGUUGGAUGUCUUUUUCAGCAUAAAAACCCACAAACCUGAAAUGCCGCUCAGGGUAAUAGUAUCAGAAAGGGGCACCUGGCAAAAAGUUGUGGCCCACUUUUUGCAAGAAAAGCUAGCCAUUUUAAAUGUUGAAGAUCCUUUACUGGUAAAAAAAUCGGCAGAAGUCACUGACUUCUUAAAAAAUGUUACGUAUGUCCACAAAAACGGUGUAUGUAUAGGGUCAUGCCUAGCCCCUUUGUUGAGCGACCUAUUUUUAGCCCAGUGCGACAGACUGCUCAAAGCGCGCAAUUACAAUUCAAAAGAUGAACAAGAAAGGAAGAAGUUCGCGGUUAUUCCGUGUGUCCACCAGGUUUCCCAGAACAUUAAAAAGAUCGCCGAAAGAGCAGAUGUUAAAGUAGUGUUUUCGGCUCCACAGAAACUUGCCAAGGUGUGCAAGAUGACAAACCCAAAUCGUAAAGAUAAGAAAACCUGCACUAAGAACCAUAAAACGAAAUAUGUGAAAUGCAAUGAAGGCCUCGUCUAUGAAAUUCCGUUAACAUGUAGUCGUUCUUACGUAGGACAAACGGGUCGUUGUAUGAACGACAGGCUUCGUGAGCACGCCAACAAUGUAAAAAACAAAACAGAGGGAUGCUCGAGCAACCUUGCGCAGAAGAGGUAG